AUGACUCCCCGGGAGCACAUGAGGAAGAUGUCCAUCCUGGGGGAACAGGGAACACUGGAGGAAAAGCACCUGUACCGGCUGGCAGGUGGCAUGGCAGCAGGAGAACUGCGGCAGCGGCAGGAGAUGCUAAUGAGGAACCAGCUGAUGGCAGUAAACCCGCAGCUGAUGGGGCCGGGCCAGCAGAGGAUGCAGGCAAUCCCCGCCCAGUUUGAGCCGCGACUGGUGGACAGAGAUCUAUUACCUUCAAGUGAAAUGAUGGCCUCAGCUGACCCCAGACAAAUCCACAUAGCAUCCCACCUGGGACCCACAGUACCACAGCACCCCAACAUGCCAAACCUGCUGUCCAACCGUGUCUACCCUGGCCCAGGAUACAGCUUUCUGCAACCAGAAUCCAUGGAAGCUGUGGCCAGAAGACAAGAACUGGUACAAAAGCAAAAUAUUGCCAGAAUGGAAAUGGAGAUGAGUGCUAUUUUUCAGCAAAAGGAAAUGGAGAAAGCCCAUCGGAAAGGACUCCUGGGCCUGGAAGCCCCUUUCCUUUACCACGGGAUGCCAGCCAGUCCCAUUGCUUUCCGUGGCAGGCACAGACUCCCUGAAGGGCACCUUGCCAACGACCUGUAUGUCCAUCGUACCACCCUGGAUGAAAUCCAUGGCAACACCAUGCUCAUGGCAAGCAGCCCGUACCCGCCAGUCACCACACUGCAAAGGGAGAGGGGACGGCGCCCAGGGAGAAGAGCUGGAAAUCACAAAACUGCCGAGGGCAGUGCCAAUGGCACAAAGAACCAGACAGAUGACAAAUCCACGGACUCUGCCUCAGCUGCAGUGGAUGAUGAGAAAGAAGACAAGAAAGAAGUAGAGGUGGAGACACCAAACAAACAUGAGCAGAGCAAAAACCAGACUGAGCCAUCUGCAGUUGCCAAGAACUGCAAAGAGUUUGAACAAGGCUUGAGAAAAAACUGUGCUACUCAUGAAAUUCCUGCUGAAACCACCAGCUGCAGCAACACAAAUGAGAAGGAAGCCAACAGCUCCUCUGCUGCAUUUGAUGACAAGUACCUGUAUCCUUCUGCAAUCCCAUUCUCAGCGUUACCAUAUGGAUUUCCAGUGCCCAACAACCCAUUGCUACCUUCAGGAGCUCAUGGCCUGAUCCUGAAUGGAGAAGACAUUUCUUCCAUUGAAGACAUUCGCAAGUGGACAGUUGAUGAUGUGCACAACUUCAUUGUCAGCCUCCCAGGCUGCUCAGAUUAUGCCCAGAUAUUUAAAGACCAUGCUAUCGAUGGAGAAACCCUUCCACUGCUAACAGAGGAACAUCUCCUGGAUACAAUGGGAUUAAAACUCGGACCAGCAUUGAAAAUCCGCUCUCAGGUGUCCCGACGCCUGGGCAACGUGUUCUACAUGAUGAAUGUCCCUCUGUCCAUGCCCCUGCCUCCUGCUCCAGGGAAACCCUCGGAGCAGCCCUCUGACAUGGCCUCCCCCCUGCACUGCAACAGCAGUGGUGACACCCUGGACAGUCCCUGCUCCCAGGACCCAGAAACCUCCCAAGCAGUGGAACAGAUUGCUUCAGAAAGCAGGGAAAAUCCAUGUGACACAGCUGGAUCCCAGGCUGAGUUCCAGAUGAUUGCUUUCCAGAAAACUUGAGCUAAGUCCAGGACAUGACACGUUUUUAAUAAUCCAGGAACCUCAAGUUACAAAGUGUUUGAGAAGAAGCUACAGCCUGAAACCUUUGUAAGGCUGGGACUGAAGGAAAUAAGCUGCCAAUGCAGCAUGAGGAAUUGGUAUAUCUGAAAGGCAUUCAGAAAUGCAGCUACAGGUUAGUGCAAUUACUUUCAAGUGCAAUUCAUUGAAAAGAAUACCAGUAGAGUUAACAGGUAAAUUGAACUUUUCACUGAAGUCCCAG